GCAGAAGAAGAAAAACAGCGGAAGCAGAUGCGCUGGUUUCGUUUCCGACUGACCUAUUUAGCUAGCUUCUCCUGUUAGCAUCAGAUAAUAAUCUUUAUGCCCGACAAUGGAACCGGUCGUGUGUAAAUUAACGUGCUGCGUGUUUAGUGGCUAGUUCCUAAAUAUUCAGCGAAGAAGAAGCGAUAGUAAUAUUCAGAGGAGGAUUCGUGGGAGUGACGCAGAGCUAGCUGUUGUUAGCCGCUUUGAUUUAGCUUCGCUGGCUGAUGAGUUUUAAAUGUAUCUGUGCGCUUUGAGCUCUUCAUGCUAGCUGAUUGGCCCUUUUUAAUCAAUCUUUGACUGAUUAUUACAUUCAUAGUUUGCUCUCCUGGGUUCAUAUUUGAAGCUGCGUUUGAUGUUCAGUGUGUCAGGAAGUGACUCCUCAGCUCCAUGUCUGCUGAGGCUUCAGUUGGCAGUCAUGCUGCUGACUCUGCCCAGCCUGAUGUCUCCCAGCCUGCCUUCCACGACUCGGACCCGCUCAGGAAUCGAGGUCUGCUGGGGAGCAAGUACGUCAAAUUAAACGUGGGCGGCUCGCUGCAUUACACAACCGUCCAGACUUUAAGCAAGGAGGACAGUCUGCUGCGGAGCAUAUGUAAUGGAAGUACUGAGGUCACCAUAGACUCAGAAGGUUGGGUGGUUCUGGAUCGGUCUGGCCGACAUUUUGGACUGGUUUUGAACUUCCUGCGAGAUGGCUCAGUGCCACUUCCAGAGGAUCACAGAGAACUGGAUGAGGUUCUCAAGGAGGCCCAGUACUAUCGGGUCCAGGGACUCGUCCAGCACUGCCUCAGUGCCAUGCAGAAACAGAAGGACGUCUUUGAGAGUGUCUGUCGUAUCCCCAUGAUCACCUCGGCCAAAGAAGAACAGAAGAUGAUCGCCACUUGUAGAAAGCCAGUGGUGAAACUACAGAACAACCGAGGAAACAACAAAUACUCUUACACCAGCAACUCUGACGACAACCUGCUGAAGAACAUCGAACUCUUUGACAAGCUGGUGCUGCGGUUUAACGGCCGCGUCCUGUUUGUGAAAGACGUGCUGGGCGACGAGAUCUGCUGCUGGUCUUUCUACGGCGAGGGCCGCAAGAUCGCUGAAGUGUGCUGCACCUCCAUCGUCUACGCCACCGAGAAGAAGCAGACCAAAGUUGAAUUUCCUGAAGCUCGAAUCUUUGAAGAAACCCUCAACAUCCUCAUCUACGAGAACAACAGAGGAUCCGGUCCCGGCGGCCUACACCUCCUAGACUCAAGAGGCCCCGGGUCGUCCCUGGGAGCCGGCCAAUCAGAGGAGGAGGGCGCCGUGGGAGGCGACCGGCGAGUGAGGAGAAUCCACGUGAGGAGGCACAUAAUGCACGAUGAAAGAGGGCCCGGCCAGCAGACUGUUUAUAAGGACUAAUAAUGUGAAAAAAACACGGGACAUGGAGGAACGUGUUCACCUGUGUGUGUGUGUGUGUGUGUGUGUGUGUGUGUGUGUGUGUGUGUUCAUGUUCUCAGUGAAUGAUGUCCUCGAUCAUAGCAACGGCUCUGCACGUGCUUCUGUUCUGCACAGACGUGAGAGCUGAUGACUGAUUUGUAACUGAAGUGGGCGAGAUACAGAGAGAGAGAGAAGCUUCAGUUUACAAGAAAGAAGGAAGUGUAGAUAAUAAAUGUGUACGAUCACCUGGGAGGUGAAACUGGAGGAGGUAUUACUUUACAAAGGUGAAGGAACUUCCUGCGGGUCGCUGAUCCGGGCCCCAGAAAAUCCCCACCCGAUUGGUUGGAUUUCUCCCCGGAGCAGGCAGCCCCACUGUUAGCGUAGGAGUUUGAUGAUAUGCACUGGCGACCUCCUCCGCGUUUGACUUGAAGGAAAAAGACGGCGUUAAACACCCGCCGCCUUUUCCUCCCGUCGCACCGCGGUCGGUCAGGUUUAGUUAGAAAACGUAAACACUGGAAUCGAAGUGCGGAGGUGUGUUUAGGGAUGAGUGAGAUUGUUGAGCAGCUUAAUUUUCUUUAUUUAAAUUAUUACUGCUGUUGCUUCAAGAUGUGUUUUUUUUUUUAUUAUUAAUUAAUUUAUGAACCUAAUUUAUUGUCGGUAUUUAAUGUAUUGUUUGCGAUCUUUGUGCGACGCGGCCCCCUUGCGUGCAUUUUUUAAUCCUCUGAACGAUACGAUGCACUCGAGAGCACACGUCACAUUUUUGACUCUGGACCCGGAGACGGUGAACUUUCAUGUUUUUUUUUUUGGUUUAAUGUUUCAACAGGACACCGUGACCAUUUCUUUGAUAUUGCAUUUUUUUUUUAUUCUGAGCCAUUAUCUUCUCGUCACGUCUGAUACCUGAAACCCCGACGUCCCCUCACCAUGUUUUGGUCCGUAAAGUGAUGAUGGCGGCGGCGGCGUUUCAAACUGGGCGGUGUUUGUUUUACCCUCAGGGAGAGGACGAGUUUGUCCUGUCGUUUAUUCACCAGUGUCUUGUGUAAAUCUAAUCACUCUCAAUGAGGUCAAUGUGUCUCUCACCUCGUUAGUAAAGUCACCUUUAUAUGCACUAACUGAACAUCCGUCCUGUCAUGGUCAUGGGAAUAUUCUGAAUAAAUCACUUGUGCAAUCCA